AUGACUCCUUACAAAUUACUCGUCCCAUUCAACAAAGACGAAGAUUACACGCAGUUUGAUGACUUCAACGGCAUCCCCCUCUCCGAGUCCUCCCUACUGGCCAAUCCCAAGGAAAAGGACUAUGUUGACCAGGAUUCCCAUCUGCUGCAUUCUCUGGCAAUGGCUUAUAAGAAGGAAGUACUCUCCGAGCGCUUUGCCUACGUGGCUAGCUACAAAAUCAACGGAGAGUGGUUCAUCGUGCUGGAGGACUUGGUGUAA